AAACAAAAAAAAAAGGAACUGCACACCAUUAAUCCAAGCCUAAGAUAUUCAAUACAACUACUUUACUAGUGCAUUUAAUAUCAUCAACGUUGAUGAACGUACACUGAAUAAAACCGUUAUUUCCAAUUUUAAGRUUAUUACUUUACAGACGGAAAAUCAAUGCUAGUCGCGACAAUAACAGUCAUGAAUUAGCUGAAUAUGAAUCUAAAUACUAAAAGUAAUACUUACUGAUUAUCUCUCUCCUUUUUAUCGAACAUUUUUAGUACGAUUACGAACCACUGCCGUGGAAUAUUUGGCAAAUUUUUCAUUAUAAAAAGUGCUAGAUUGCAAGCGCAAGCGCCAUGACACUUUUUAAGGGUAAUACCGCUGAGGGCUCGUCCCAGUCUUACAUUCCUUAUUCCCAGUCAUUCCCCAUUCCCUCUUUUAGUAACGUCCAGUUCAAUUUAACUAGUGGAAAUUUUCGACACAAUGUUAAAAGCGUUUGUCAACCAAUCUAUUUCGGAAAUGAUUGUUAUCUUAGACUCAAUCAACAAGCAACAGAACGGAAUGAAUAGAUGAUGAGAGRAAUACCAAAAAAACGCACAAAUCUUGAUCAUCAAAAUUUCGAAUUCCUAGCCGACAAACUGAACAUACAAGUUAAGUUCAUCAAUUCUUCUCGGACAUACAGGUGUCGAGAGAAGAUAUAUAUCACAGUUUCCACGAUUCAAAUCAGGUUUCUGCAGCUGAAACACUACUCCUUAUAGCCAAAUGGAAUACCCAUCCAGCCAAACUACAUCUGUUCCACCGUCAACUACAACAGGUUUCCAUGAUCUGUUUUGUCCAAAUGGAAAAUUGUCAAGAUCUUCACAGAUUGCUCUGAUAUGCUUAAACUGUUGCUGCUAUGUCCUAGCAUCCGGGGGCAAUAUCCUCGUCCUUCUUGCAAUUUACAAGACACGUUCUUUGAGGAAGAUUUCCAUGUAUUUCUUAGCAUCGCUGUCAUCUGCAGACUUGCUUGUUGCUUUCACAAUGAACCCUAUCUAUACUCUAAUACCUUUUGUACACAACUACGAAGAUGAUCAAGUUCCGACAAACUUUUUCUUCAUCCUAACAAAGAUUGAAAACUUUUUAUGGGUUCAAACGUUAACAGCCACAACGUUCAGUCUAUGUGCCGUGACCAUCGAUCGAUAUAUUGCCGUCAGCUUUCCGUUGAGGUACCCCGAACUCGUCACGAACCAACGAUGCCUCAUUGCUGUUGUUUUUAUUUGGGUAUUUUCAUUCCUUUUCUCUGCUACACUCUUUUUCUAUACGGAUUUCGACUCUCGAGAAGUCUUUUGGCUCAUAUGUUCUAUACUGACGGUAGGAAUACCAUUUGUGGUUAUAUUGUUUUGCAAUUUCAAAAUGGCGGCUGUUGCAAGGCGGCAAGUCAGACAAAUUCGUGAAAUGUCGGUUGUAAGCGGACCUGAAUCAUCGCGACCGACACGAAGCGAGACGGCGUCAAAUAAGAAAGCUACCUUUACAGCUUUAAUAGUUUCAAGUAUAUUUUUCUUGCUGUUUUUUCCUGGGAUGGUAGUGUUUGCUAUGCUGUUAGUGGCGAAGGAUCAAUGUCGUGCAUACGAAUUGAACCUCGUCUGGCUGUGGGCUGCUUCCGUAUCGUUUCUUCAUUCAGCUUUCAAUCCAUGGAUUUACUGUGUCAGAGGAAGAGAAUUUAGGGUUGCUAUUAAAAAGAUGCUCUGUAACUGCAGGAAAUAACCUU